AAAAGGUAUGCACUUUUACACAUACCUUGAAAUGGCUUAGGUAGCCCUCUGAGCAGACACUGUGAGGGAAAGUGGAUGCAGGUUGUGGAUGCACGUUCGCCCUUAACGCCACUGCUUACUGUGGUUUUCUGUGACAGUUUUGCAUGUAGCAUCAGUUCAUUCUUUCAACCAGUAUUUCCUGUGGUCCUGUGAUAUGCCAGGCAUAAAAACAGGACAGAAAGACCCAUGCUGGACAGUGAGUCAUGCAAACACAAUGAAAAUUCGAUGCAAGUUCUUUGACAAAGCUACACAGGUGUAAGGAGCUGUUCCCCAGGACUUGAGUGCUGGCAGGGCUUCUCAGACAGUCUUGGGCUGUGACCUAGAGUGACCAGAAGGUGGACGGAGAAGAGGUUCUGGGGAAGCCUGAAGCCUUGACCUUAAAGCACACAAGUACAGAGGGUAGUGGUGGAGGAGGGACCGGGUGAGGCUCAAUUGGAGGCAAAAAAGGAAGUCUGUCCAAACAGGCUUAUCUGCUGUCCUAAAGGAUUUAUUUAUUCUAUUGAGUCUAAGUAGUGCAAAACAGGAUUUGGACUGGGAUGUUAGAAAGAUGAUUCAUAGUAAUUUGGAGGAGAGAGAGGAGGCAUACAGUAGAGGGAUGUGAAGUAGGAUCACAUCCAGGUCCUGACAGUGAGGCUGGAGAGGAGGGAACGUCUCGCAAGCAUCAGCUUCCUGAGCCUCUUCUCAACUUAGGAGCAGUCUGGCCAAACAAGUAGAAUUGUUGGGUAAACAGGUGUUGAGGAUAUGCAUUAAUUGGAUUUUCAAAGGCAUCCAUGAUACACAGAAGGAUAAAAACCACUGUUUUAGCAGACCAGUCCUUAGUACAUUUAGUCUGAUUUCUUAAAUGACAGUUAGGUGCUCACUUCCAUGAGGGAAAUGAAUAUAUGAGCUACAGUUUCUGCCUCCAAAGGUUUUCAUAUCCUAGAAAAGACAAAACCUAUGUAACAUCCCUCAUUUGCACACUAGUCCUGAGCAGGGUCAUUGAGCAUGAAUGUUGUGUGGUGUGUGUGAGAUCCACACGCAGAAUCCCCACUACUGUGUGCUACUUUGGACACCUGGUUAAGGGAAAUCUGUCGUUUGCCUUUCAUCUUCAUGAUGUGAACUUCAGACCUGCAACUUUCAGACUACCACAGGCACAUGGCUACCCAUUCGCCCCAGAAAUCUCACCAGUGUGCUCACUGUGAGAAGACAUUCAACCGGAAAGACCACCUGAAGAACCACCUCCAAACUCAUGACCCCAACAAGAUGGCCUUUGGGUGUGAGGAGUGUGGGAAGAAGUACAACACCAUGCUGGGCUACAAGAGGCACCUGGCCCUCCAUGCGGCCAGCAGUGGCGACCUCACCUGUGGGGUCUGUGCCCUGGAGCUAGGGAGCACAGAAGUGCUGCUGGACCACCUCAAAGCCCAUGCUGAGGAAAAGCCCCCGAGCGGAACCAAGGAAAAGAAGCACCAGUGCGACCACUGUGAGAGAUGCUUCUACACCCGGAAGGACGUGCGGCGCCACCUGGUGGUCCACACCGGCUGCAAGGACUUCCUGUGCCAGUUCUGUGCCCAGAGAUUUGGGCGCAAAGACCACCUCACUCGACAUACCAAGAAGACACACUCACAGGAGCUGAUGAAAGAGAGUCUGCAGUCUGGAGACCUUCUGAGCACCUUCCACUCCAUCUCUCCCCAGUUUCAAUUGAAGGCUGCCCCGCUGUCUCCUUUCCCUAUAGGAGCUCCUGCACAGAACGGGCUUGCAAGUAGCUUGCCAGCUGAGGUACACAGCCACCCCCACAACCCUGCGGAUCAAACCGCCCAGCCUGUACAACCGCUGCCAGAGCCCCUGGUCCCCCUCCACCCCGUAACAGCUCCUAGCUCUCCUCCCCCGCCCCUCCAGAAUCACAAGUACAACACCAGUUCUACCUCAUACUCCCCACUUGCAAGCCUGCCCCUCAAAACAGAUACGAAAGGAUUUUGCAAUAUCAAUUUGCUUGAGGACUUGCCUCUGCAAGAGCCUCAGUCACCUCACAAGCUCACCCCAGGUUUUGAUCUGGCUAAGGGAAGUGCUGGUAAAGUAAACCUGCCCAAGGAGCUAACUGCGGAUGCUGUGAACCUAACAAUACCUGCCUCUUUGGACAUUUCCCCCCUGUUGGGCUUCUGGCAGCUGCCCCCGCCUGCUACCCAAAAUGCCUUUGGGAAUAGCUCUCUCACCCUGGGGCAUGGGGAGUCUCUGCCCCACAGGUUAGGCUGUCUGGGGCAGCAGCAACAAGAUCCCUCACUAGCCAUGAGCACCAUGAGCCUGGGUCAGCUCCCCCUUCCUCCCAUCCCCCAUGUUUUCCCAGCUGGCACUGGCUCUGCCAUCCUGCCUCAUUUCCAUCAUGCAUUCAGAUGACUGGUUUUCAAAGCAUACUUUUCUUAUUCUGGAAGGUGUUUUAAGAAGCAUUUUAAACAUCAGUUAUAAUAAUACAAGGAAAGAUUUGGAAAGCAGGACUGGGAAUAUGGCUUAUUCAGUGAUGACUGGCUUGAGAUGAGAAGAGUUCUCGAACUGCAUGUAUUGUGCCAAUCUGUCCUGAGUGUUCAUGCUUUGUACCAAAUUUAAUAAGCAAGUAUUCUUUAAUGGAACUGCAAAUAUUGUCAUAACCGACAUCCAAACGAGGGCUGCUAUAUAUACGUGUUUGUCAAAUUGAAUUUAAUCGUAAGCCAUGAUCAUAAUAAUGUUAACUAAUUUUAUGUGGCACUGCCUAGUAAGGGAACUAUGGAAAGGUUUGGAUUUCUCCAAAAUGGGAGAAUUUUUAAAAUAAGAAAAUAACCUUUAUAUUGCAUAUUAUAACUAGGCUGUGUAUUUCUUUUCAGGGAUUUUUCUACCUUCAGGGUUGGAUGUAGUUUAGUUACUAUUGCCAUAGCCAACCUGUAGUUUUACAGAAACAAUUUCUUGUGGAAUAAUAGUCUCCAUUUUAAAAAAGCAUUUUAAAUGUAGUUUGAAUAUUUUCCACAAGAUGCUACAAUGUGAGUUAUCACUUCAUUUAUCUUAAAGACUAAACUGGUUGUCAGUUACAUCUGACAGGAGAAAAAUAUGUAUCACUGUGUAACCAGGUUAAGUGGUAAAAUAAUCCAGGCGUCAGUCAAAAAAAGCAUUUUGCUGACUUUAAUAUUGAUUAUAUUUUUUAACAGGAAUUUAAGAAACUAUUACUGGAAUUUUAAAAUAUAUAUAUAUAUUAAACAAGAAUUUUCUUUGCUCUGUCUGGCUUAAAAUACUACUCUGCUUAAGUAUUAUUUUUAAUCACCAAUAAAUGCAUUUUUAAAUUCAUCAUUUAAGUCAAUAUUAGUUUUAUUCAAAAAGGUUAACAUUUGCAAUGUAAUCUAUGUCUUGAAUUUGGUAUCUAAUGAGUUUUAAAAAUAUAAAACCUAACCUUUUUUAAAGCUCCUUUGUCUUUUGUGUUUAGAGGCUUUCUAUAUGAAGAUAUAUCUUACAUAUAAUAAACUCCACAAAUCCUG